AUGGUCGGGGAUUUGGUGACUGUAAGCUUGUUGAAUCGCUCCUCCCUCCUUCCCAUGGAGAACAUCUCGGAAUUUCCUGAAAUCAUUCUGCUCACCCAUGGAUCUACGUGUGACAUGUUGGCCAGGGACUUUGACGAGGACGGUGAUGUGGAUCUUAUUCUUGGUGAUGACAAAUGGUUACCUUCAUAUUCAAGGUACUUUGAGCGUAUUUCUGCCUAUCGUGUGGUGGAGCGCACGGGAGAUGACAAUCCACUAAGUAUUUUUAACGGCUCAGUGCAGCAGAUUGCUGACAUAGAUGGCGAUGGGCGGUUGGAAAUCUUUUCAGGUCAGAAAAAACCCUUUGGGUCAGCCACUUUGAGCCAUCUUCACUUACUCAGACGUGCUGCAGAUGGCAGCCUUGUGGAGAUGGAAAAUUCUGUUUGGUCCCUCUCGGGUCCAUUUGGAUCUGAUCUGGAGGUUGUAUUCUUCUUUGAAAUUCAUGUGGCCGACUGGAACUCGGAUGGGCUGCCGGAUGUUCUCAAGGUGUCCGUCGUGGGCUUCGGUGAGAGUGUGACCAAGGGUAAGCUUAGGUGGUGGAUUGAAGACUACCGUCAACAUGUUCUGGAUCUAGACAUGAAACUCGAUGUGGAAGCCUAUGGGGACAUUGAAGCAGGUUUCAAAGACCAGGAAAUUGUUGUUGACUGGAAUGGGGACGGCUUUGCAGAUCUGGUCGUUCUGCGCAAGUCAAAAAGCUUGCAUCUAUACGAACAUCGAGAUGGGGAAUUCAAAGAAGUACUUGAUGUUUUCCAGAAUGUCACAGCAAGCUUGCUGGGAAAGGGCACUGCCACAGCUGUCAUAGUAGACUGGGACAUAGAUGGUGAUUUGGACCUCAUUAUCUCAACUGAAUCAGAUGGCAAGUUGCACUACCAUGAGAUGGUUUCUGGGAACCUUUGCAAGGAAGAACUGCAGCAUCCGUUCCAAAACAUCACCAUUGCACCAGACAUCAUCAAAGGAAAGAACUACUUUGGAUAUAUCCAGCCUGUGAUUGUUGACUGGGACAAUGAUGGUGACAUGGACUUGUUUCUAGGACCUCCAGACGGGCGGUAUUUUGAGCAGCUCUCAGAUGGCACUCUACGCGAGUGGCCACGUGAGGAAAGCCCAGUCAGUGAGCUGGGAGAUACUACUCGGACAAAAUGGGACUUCGUGGACUGUGAUGCAGAUGGUGACUAUGACCUCUUGCGAAUGGAAGGGGGGGCAAACCCUCGAGUCCAGGUUUGUGAGCAUAAGACCUCACAUGUCCUGCGCUGUGACGACGCCUUUCCAUGCUUAGGAACCAAUUUGAGCAAGUUUCGCCCACAAAAGACUGGAUGGAGAAUGCAGUUGGGCAACGUGGCUGAUGGCCGGCUCAAAUUCAUCACUUACGACUUUGCAGAAAGCAGGGCAGUCCUCUGGAGUUCGGGCAUUUGUCUUCCAGCGGACCCUUGCCACUCAAAGGGCCUCUGUUUGAACAGGCGAGCGCAUUGCAGUUGCAUUGCAGGUCACGAGUUGGCUGAUUGUUCCGGCUGCGAGCCGCAUUUUUACAGCGUGCAGCGGAAGGUAGGGCAGAUGCACGACUGCAAAGCAUGCCCAGGUGCCCGUGGCAAGGUUUGCUACGGCCGAGGCAGCUGCUUUGAUGAUGCGGCAGGAAAGAUGCUUGCUGAGGAAUCUACAGCUCGGUUGAUGGCCACAGGCAAUGGCUCAUGCAGUUGCAACGAGGUUCAUUUCUAUGGAAAGGACGAGGAAGGCCGAAGCACAUGCAUUCAUGGCAUUUGCCCAGCUGGCACCGAAGAGAACGAUGGCAGUUGCAAUCCCUGCGCUGGUGGGACCUUCUCAUCAGAAGGUGGCUCUUGCACGCUUUGCCUUCCCGGAACCUUUUCUUUCGCAAGAGGCAGCAUGUGUUUGACUUGUGCCCCAGGAACCGUUUCAACCGAAUCAGGUGCUUCUGAGUGUGAUGCAUGUCCUGCAGGGACAUAUGAGGUUGAUCAUCAGUUGUGCAAUGAGUGCGCAGCAGGCUUGGUUUCUGCUAGAGGUAGCAACACAUGUACCAAAUGCCCUGCUGGAUCGCAUGCACCAAAGUCCGGAAGCAUCACAUGUGAAUCGUGUGCAGCAGGCACCUAUGCAGGGGAGGCCAGCACAGAAUGCAGGUCGUGUCCUUCAGGAACUAUUUCAAGCGAAGCGAGUGGAAGCUGCAGCCCAUGCGAUGCUGGCAGUUUUGCUAAAUCAUCCCUUACAUGUGAACAAUGUCCUGGGGGCACCUUUUCCAACCCAGGAAGCAAGAACUGUCAGAGCUGCCUCCCUGGAAAGUUCUCCUUGACAGGAAGCAGCAACUGUUCUGACUGCCUUCCAGGAACAGUCUCAUCACCAGGUAGUUGGUCCUGCGAUGCAUGUCCAGCUGGAACCUUUGCUUCUGCAGGAAGCAGUGUGUGUGAAGCCUGUCCUGUGGGGCACGUGUCCAGCCCAAACAGUGGUGCCUGCGAGAGCUGUGAGAGCAUCUUCAUCCGAUCAACUCCUGAUGACAAGAAACAGAGCUGCCAAGUGCUUGCUAUGGAUGUCGUUCUUGGCCUGAUCUUCUUGAGUACAUGCUCUUGCUUUUCUUUUCUGUCUUUGACAGGCUUCUCGGGGCGCAUUCCCAUUUCAGAUGUGUCUGCACAGGGUCAAAAGGUUGUGGUGACAACUUCCACUGCGCACGGUCUCCACAAGUGGGCAUGCCCAAAGGUGACCUUCGCUGGAACCGAUGUUCCCGAUCUGGAGUCGUCGAAUGACUGGACCAUCAAAGCCUUGAGCUUGUACCAAGUGACGCUGCAUGGCGAGAGCCCCAUGUCACUGGACACGUCCAAAGGACAUUUGUACGUGAAGUUUCCGCAAGUCUUUUGGUCCACUGGUCUUUGGCAUUGUCCACUCCUAUUGUGGUGUUUGCUCUUUCUUGCAGCCAGUGCAGGGCUCGCAAGCCAGCUCACUUGGUCACUGACUUUGCUGUUGUGUGCUCUCGGUCUUUGCGCGGGGUUCUUGGCUUUCGCACUGCGGAGGAGGCAAGGUGAAGCAACGCCACUGGUGAAGAGGCGACGACAAUUCCUCAAGGAGUGGCCUUUGGCUCUUGAACGAUGUAGCCGUGGCCCUGACCGCUCGAUGACUGCGGGGAAACUUCACGAUUUCUUGCAGUUCUUCGAGACCUUCAUCAAGGAGCGAUCCAUGUACUACGCAUGUUCCAACAUUGUGAAGCCGCUGACCAAGCCCUUUCAGCUGUCCUUCGUGGAACUGGUUGGUUCCAGGAAGAUCCAAUGGUUCGCAAGUCACUACUGGGGCAUGCCACUUCGCCACUUCAGCGAUGCCAUCCGCAAACAUGCCCAGUGCUUUGAAAGGGAUUGGCGAGAUUCAGCAUAUUGGAUCUGCACCUUCAGCAACAGUCAGUGGCAUGUGAAGGAAGAGCUUGGGAAUGGACAAUGGGAGAAUUCAUCCUUCUACCUUGCUCUGAAAUCUCCAGAGUGCAAGGGCACCACCAUGAUUAUCGAUGAAUUGGUUUUGCCACUUCAACGAAUUUGGUGCCUUUUUGAAGUGUACCAAACCAUUAGCCUGCCGCGGAGUGACCCGUUUCACGGGUUGCUUCUUUGUACCUCCACGGGCGUUUUGCAGCAAGGCAAAGCUGGUACUGAUGUCGCUGUGGCCGUGGCCAAAACGGUGGCCGUGCUCGACACACGUGGUGCCCAAGCUACUUCUGAAGAAGAUCGUCUCAUGAUUCAUGAUCUCAUUGAAAAGAUGCCAGGAGGCUUUGACACCAUGAACACCUUUGUGCGGGAUAAUAUUUGCCAGGCUCUUGAAGCAUCUCAUCGUCACUACGAGACGACCGUCACCACUUUGAUGAAAGAUCUCACGACCGCCAAGUCCUCUGGACCGACCACAUCCUCCGCACCGACGCUCCCGACUUUGCUCACUUCCUCCACACGCCACGCCACAGCAGAGAAGGUGGAGGAGAAGGCAGAGUCGCAGGCCUCCCAUGCAUCAGCCGCCCGGUGCACGGUGCGGGGUCCGGCCACCCAAAGUGGAGGCGGCGUGGCAGAUCCCUGGGAGCCCGCAGAACGAGCUGCCGCAGAGUUCAUCACACCAUGCAAGUGCGAAGGGACCAGCCGUCGGGGCACUCGCACGGCCUGCACCGCACUCACCCGCGCGGCGGCCUUUGACUUGGGGCUGGCGCCAUUGCAUUCCAAAAGCUUCGUGCACGAGAGUUGCUUGCGGCGUUGGCAGACCGAGGCGAGACCACUGGCCUUGCUGGCCGCAGUGGCACUCUGGUGUGGGACGGCCUUCGUGCCGAAGCCAGAGGCCUCCCGAUCGAUCAAUGUGCUGACACCUCUCUCGGCAGGCGCCAGCACCUGGCUCCUGGCCAUUCAGGAGGCUUCAGCCCGGCGGUCGUACCAGGACCGUUUCCCCAACAUGGCCGACGAAGAAGUGAAGGAGAUUUAUGACAAAGCUGGGGACGGGAGUACCUACGACGGCAUCAGCGCGGAGCAAGCGUUGGCCACCCUUGGAAUGAUCCCCAACUUGCUGGUCCUCUUCCUCUUCGCCGCGAGAAGCCCAGGGACCGUGAGCCGGGAGCGACGGGUAACCGGUCCACGGAGCCGACCUGUGAGGGCGGCAUCGGUGCCUUCAUCCGCCGGGGCGGAGGCUUCGCCCGGAACGAAGACAACUAAGCAUGGCCACCGGGAUGCGGUUCCUCCGUGCAUGGCACCAUGCGGGAAAACGGCAUGGUGCUUGCUGAGAACAUCGCGAAGUCAGAGAGCUGCAGGGGAUUGCGGGGGUUGUCAUGACUCAACUACGAGCAGUCUCUUCAAGACAGGAAGCUAAGGUCUCUUAAGGAACAUUCUCCCCACCUCCCAGCAGUGCCCAGCAGUGCCCAGUGCGCAGCUCCCGUUUUCACCGCCGGAUCCCGUCACGUCCGAUCCUGCGGUCCCGUUCCGACAGACCCAUCUGAUCCGCGCCGAGCAU